GAACGAGAAGACUAUAUGCCUCAUAUGCCAACAAGAGGUAGUCUUGCCAAAACGGGUGCCAUUAAGCGUCAACCACUGGUGUCCAAACUGGAGGCCCUGCAGUGCCACUUCACCUGGGAUCUGGACUACAGCAGGUCCUUGCUUAUGGGUCUAAGGGAUAACGUAAAGUACAUUGGCACUGAGGAGGGAAACAGCUGGCUGGGUCACAUUUACAACCUGCGGGGGUUCAUUCAGUACAAUCUGGGCUUCAAUGAAGAAGCCAACAGUUUCUUCCAAAAGUCUACUGAGGCUUUCUGUAGAAUGAGAAACGCAGAUGAGGGCCCAUGGUUAGUGGUGAACUACGGGAACCUGGCUUGGCUGCACCAUCACCUGGGAGACCAAGCAGAGAGCGAGGCUUACCUGUCUAAGGUCGACGCCCUGAUAGAAAAAUACCCAUCUCCAUCCCAGGAUGAGCUCCACCCAGAGACCUACGCUGAGAAAGCCUGGACCCUGAUGAAGUUCGGCGCAGACAAAGAGCUGCUGGCUGCAGAUUACUUCCAGAAAGCCAUCGAGAUGCAGCCGGACAUGGUGGAGUGGAACACUAGCUACAUCAUAGGGUUAGUGAAUGCUUCAAAGCACAACAGCACAGGGCUGGAAGAGGAAAUCCUGGAGAAAAUGAGAAUCACUAAGGAACAGGAUCCAGAGAACUUGUACCUUGCUGUUAAAUACCUUGAUCAAUGUGCUAAGAGAGGAGAAGGAAUAGAAGAUGAAGCACGUGAGUUAGCCAGAAAGGUUUUAAGGAAUCCUGUCAGCAGCUACAGUGGUUUAAAAGCCAUACUAAGGGUCUACAAAGCAUAUUUAUCUGUUGAUGAGGCUAUUGAUUUGGCAGAGGAGGCUCUAAAGGACCAUCCAGAUGAGCGUUAUCUGAAGGUAUGCGCUGCACUCUGCUACAAAUGGAAGAUCACUUUAUCCAGGGACAGUCGCCCAAAGAAAGCAUGCUAGACAGAGCAGUCGGUCUCCUAGAGGAGGUGAUUUCUCUCUACCCUAAUUCAUCGCUUGUGAAAAAUAUAGACCUUGCAGAUGUUUACGCAAAGGCAAGUUAUGGCCAGGCUAAAGCUGAGCAGAUAUAUCAGGAACUGCUAGAAAGGGAUCUGGAACCGGAAGAAAAAGUGUUGCUUUACCACAGAUACGCGAGACAUUUACACUUCCAUCGAAAGAGUACCAAAAGUCACUAAGAUAUCA